GGCUGUGCCAUGCCGGGCCGAGUCUGGGGUGUGCCGAGCCGAGCUGUGCUGUGCCUUACAGAGAAGGGCAAGGAAACUGGUGAAGGGCCUGGAGCUCAAGUCUUAAGAGGAGUGGCUGAGGGAGCUGGGAGCGGUUAACCUGGAGAAAAGGCUCAGGGAGAGCCUUAUCGCUGUCUACAACUACCUUUGUAGCUAGGUGUGCACUCAGUGAGCAAGCAAGGCCGGAUCCUACUGAGUGGCCUUUUCCCCUGACCAGACCAAGAUGGCCACAGUUUCCCUUAGCUUCAACAUCGACUCCCCACGCUGGGACCAGAGCACCUUUGUGGGGCGCCUGAAGCACUUCCUCAACAUCACCGACCCUCGGACAGUGCUGGUGCCUGAGGAGGAGCUGGACCAGGCCAAGGCCCUGGUGGAGAGCUGCAGGGCCGGGCUGGUGCCGCCAGGAAGCAGCCAGGAGCAGCUGCUCUAUGCCAAGAAGCUGUACGACUCGGCCUUCCACCCUGACAGCGGUGAGAAGAUGAACUUCAUUGGCAGGAUGUCCUUCCAGGUGCCGGGGGGCAUGGCCAUCACUGGCUGCAUGCUCCAGUUCUAUCGGACAGUGCCUGCAGUGGUUUUCUGGCAGUGGGUGAACCAGUCCUUCAAUGCCUUUGUCAACUACACCAACCGCAACGCUGCCUCCCCCAUCUCUCUGAGGCAAAUCGGGGUGGCUUAUGUCACGGCCACCAGUGCAGCCCUGGCCACUGCAGUGGGACUCAACUUCUACACCAAGCGAGCCCCCCCUUUGCUGGCCCGCUGGGUCCCCUUUGCAGCUGUGGCUGCUGCCAACUGUGUCAAUAUCCCCAUGAUGCGGCAACAGGAGAUCAUCAACGGGAUCACAGUGACAGAUGAGAACAACAACGAGCUCGGCCGCUCCAGGAGGGCAGCAGUGAAGGGCAUCGCGCAGGUUGUGCUCUCCAGGAUCACCAUGGCAGCACCGGGCAUGAUUAUUUUGCCCGUCAUCAUGGAGCGGCUGGAGAAAUUCACCUUCAUGCAGCCUCCUGUUCAUGGUGCCAGCAGCCUGUGCUCUCUUCCCCCAGCGAUGGUAUUUCUUCCACUGCUUCCCCCUCCUGCAUAGGAUCUCAGGAGCCUUCCUCCUUCCCUAGUUCCUCUCUGCCCAUGCCAGGAGAAGCAGGAUGGGCACCCACCCUUCAACUCAAUGCAGUGCCUGCCUGCACACACUGGUGCCCAGGGCAGUAGGAGAACACAUGCCUCCCCUGCUCUGUGAGCUGUGCUGGGAGCAGCAGGACACCCAGCUCCACGGGCAGCUCUCUGCCUUCCAGCACUGGGAGGGAGGGGUGGUGGGUCUUGCCAUGAGCCUGCAAGAUCCCAGGGACUGCAGAGGCCUCAAAUGGCAAUGGGAAGGGAGGGUGGUUUGACUGGUGGUUGGGGAGGAGGAUCGUGGCUCUCAGUGUGUAUCUCCCGCUCCACAGCUCCCUUGCACUGGCUGACCUUGAGGUGGAGCUGCGUGACAGUAUCAUGGCCAAGCACGGGGACAAAGUGCCAUACGUCUAUUUUAACAAAGGACUGUGAAUGGAGACUACCUCAGGAGCCAUCACACCCCUCUGUCCUCCUGCCACUACCAUUUCCACAUCCCCUGAGCAGGGUCAGAGGCACAGUCCAGCCCAGAUCUGCGCUCCCACCCAGCACCUUCUAUGCAGCCUUCUUCCACUGCAGAAUCAGGAUCUGACUCUGUGUCCAGCUUGCAGCACUUUGGCUUGUCCUGACCCAUGCCCAUCUGCUGCAUGGCAUGGACAUGGGUCCAUGAUGUCUCAGCCUUCCCAUGUCCCUCUUGCCCUGAGGGAUGCCUGCGCUUCCUGUGCCUUCCUUCGGCCCAGCCUGUCUGGGCCUCAGUGGGUUUGGCCCCAUGAGGCAUGAGGCUCUCUCCCUUGGCUCAGAGCACAGUUCUACCUCUAAAAGCAGAUAUCCUGCCAUUGUACCAGCAACCAAACCACAUUCCUGCCUUAAACCACCACAGUAGCCUCUUCCCAAGAGAUGGAUCAUGUCUUGGCAGGUGUGAAGGGACCUGUUCUCUCUGCACCAUGAGAGUGACCAUCCCAAAGUCCAGAGACCAAUGCUUGGACUAUACAUUCCUUGCUCUCAGGUUCUAUUCACUCUGUGUUUGCCACAAGCCAUGAAAGGAAUAGCUAAUUGUUUGUAGCCCUUAAUUUUUUUCAUUCCUCUGAGCACUGUCACCCUUGUCCUACAUCUCUGGUCCCCACAGUGAAACUACAAAACUGCAGCUUUAGAGAACAAUUGUGUCUGUGCCCCCUUUGACAUGGGGAAGAAGAUACACAAAUCAUGGAAUUGUUAGGGUUGGAAGGACCUCUGGAGGGCCUUCUAUUCCAGCUCCCCUGCUGAGGCAGGGUUAUUAAAGCAGGUCACACAGGAAUUUAUCCUGGUGAGUUUUGAGUAUUUCCAGAGAGGGAAACUCCACAACCUGCCUGGGCAGCCUGUUCCAGUGCUUUGCUAUCCUCAAUGUAAAGAAUUUCUUCCUCGUGUUGAGGUGGAACUUCUUGUGGUUUAGUUUAUGGCCAUUGUUCCUUGUCCUGUUGCUGGGCACCACUGAAAAGAGCCUGGCACCAUGCCCUUGACACCUGCCUUUGAGAUAUUUAUAUGCACAGAUGAGAUCCCUCUCAGUCUUCUCUUUUUCCAGAUUGACCAGACCUGACUCUCACCUUCUCUCCUCAUAAGAGAUGGUCCAAAUCCCUCAUCAUCUUUGUGGCUCUCCACUGAACAGUCUAUAAUAGCUUCUCUCUUUCUUGUCACAGAGCUGUCAAGGCAUUCACUCAGGCUCUGAAUUCACUCAGUGCUGCUGCACUGCAGACAGCAGAGAAAGGUUGAAAAAUAAAUGUGAUUUUUAAAAACCA